GUCCUGACAGCCCAAGAGUGUGUUGUGAGCUCUGAGUGUUGGAAGGGAAACAGCAGGAGCUGGGACACGCACGCUUGAACAUCCCACCCCAACUGCUCGCCCUGCGCUCCUGGGAUUGCGCAGCCGAGAGACUGAAGGAAGGAAGGACAGUGCUGGAGUUUAGGGCACGGGUCUUUGGGUCCUCAGAGGCUGCGGGAAGGAAGCAGCCCAGGCGGGCCAGGGCUUUCCAGGCACUGCCCCGACAGCAUGAGUUUCCCGCGAGGUCCCCACGAUCGAGCGGUGAGCAACUCCAGCCCGUGGUGGCCUCUGAGCGCCGCCGAGGAUGCCAACAGCAGCCGGGAGGCAGCGGGGCACCGGGAAGGCAGCGACCCUCCAGGGGAUGUACGCAACGAGGAGCUGGCCAAGCUGGAGAUCGCCGUGCUGGCGGUGAUUUUCGUGGUGGCCUUGCUGGGCAAUAGCAGUGUGCUGCUGGCGCUGCAUCGCACGCCACGCAAGACGUCCCGCAUGCACCUCUUCAUCCGACACCUCAGCCUGGCCGACCUGGCGGUAGCCUUCUUCCAGGUGUUGCCACAGCUGUGCUGGGACAUCACCUACCGCUUCCGCGGGCCCGACUGGCUGUGCCGCGUGGUGAAGCACCUGCAGGUGUUUGCCAUGUUCGCGUCUGCCUACAUGCUGGUGGUCAUGACCGCCGAUCGCUACAUCGCUGUGUGCCACCCGCUCAAGACCCUGCAGCAGCCCGCGCGCCGCUCACGCCUCAUGAUAGCCGCCUCCUGGGUGCUGAGCUUCGUACUGAGCACGCCUCAGUACUUCAUCUUCUCUAUGAUCGAAAUCGAGGUGAACAACGGCACCAAAACCCAAGACUGCUGGGCUACCUUUAUCCAGCCCUGGGGUACCCGCGCCUACGUGACCUGGAUGACCAGUGGUGUCUUCCUGGUACCUGUGGUCAUCCUAGGUACCUGCUAUGGCUUCAUCUGCUACCACAUCUGGCGCAAUGUCCGUGGGAAGACAGCGUCGCGUCAGAGCAAGGGCAGCAAGGGCUCUGGGGAAGCCAAGGCUCCCUUCCACAAGGGGCUUCUGGUCACGCCUUGUGUCAGCAGCGUAAAGACCAUUUCCCGAGCCAAGAUCCGUACGGUGAAGAUGACUUUUGUGAUCGUGACUGCCUAUAUCCUCUGCUGGGCGCCUUUCUUCAUCGUCCAGAUGUGGUCAGUCUGGGAUGACAAUUUCAUCUGGACCGAUUCAGAGAAUCCUUCCAUCACCAUCACAGCCUUACUGGCCUCGCUGAACAGCUGCUGCAACCCAUGGAUAUACAUGUUUUUUAGUGGCCACCUCCUGCAAGACUGUGUCCACAGUUUCCCGUGCUGUCAGCACGUGGUGCAAAAGCUCGCCAAGGACGACUCGGACAGCAUGAGCAGAGGACAGACUUCUCACUCUAACAACCGAAGCCCAACAAACAGCACAGGGACGUGGAAGGACUCACCUAAAUCUUCCAGGUCCAUUAAAUUCAUCCCGGUCUCCACCUGAGCUGCACAGCCCUGCAGUCUGACUCUCGGGGGAGGGGAGCUUUGUAAUCCAUUCUCUCUGAAUCCAGCUAGAGAUCAUAAGAGCAGAUGAGUUUAUGUGAGAUAGCCGCAAACCAGCUCAAUACAUAGUUUCUAGCUGUGUUUUCCUCAUUGCUGUGACCAGAAGCUGAAUUACUUUUGCAUAGACUAUUAAUGAAAAUGUGCUACACUGAAAUGUGUAAGCCUGGUUUGUAACUGUACUGACUUUAUAUUCUGUGGUUGACGUUUUUGUUUGCUGUUGCUGUUGUAUUUUUAUUUCUGACGUAAGUGAGGCUUGAUUGCUUCAAGUCAUGUGAUGUGCACUGUUUCUGAACAAAGUGAAUUCAUGAUCUAAA